AUGCUAGCAGUGGUUCUUCGUGCCUAUGGCAAGUUGAAGGAGCUCAUGAAUAGCCGCUUGACGGAAGAAGCCGCGGACCAGCAGAAUGGGCUAUACCCUGAUUUCUACCACAUUCAUUCCUUCAUGCCUUUUUAUGUAUCGCCACUUCAUGGAGGAGGAGGAGAAUCGGAUACCUUAAUGUGA